AUGGUUAAUCCAAAUGAUUCUACUACAUUUGGUAAUUCUUUAUCUUUAAGAGUAGAUGGUGCGAUUGGUGCUAUGUCUUUAUCCCCCAAUGGGAGAGACUGUGUUUUAGCUGGAAGAAAAGGUUUAUUUAUCAUUGAUUUGGAUGAUCCUUUUACUCCUCCAAGAUGGUUACAUCAUAUAACUUCAUGGGAAGUAGCUGAUGUUCAAUGGCUGCCACAUCAUUUUAUAAAACCUUCUUGGGUUAUAUCUACAUCAAAUCAAAAGGGCUUAUUAUGGGAUUUAAGUAGACCUUCAAAUAAUGCAAUUGCAAAUAUUUUACAUUCUCAUACCAGGGCAAUUUCAGAUAUAAAUUUCCAUCCUUUUGAUCCUGAAAUAUUAGCUACUUGUUCAAUUGAUACUUUUAUUAUGAGUUGGGAUAUGAGAACGCCAAGGAAACCAGUUGCGAAAUGGGCUGAAUGGAGAGCUGGUGCAAUUCAAGCUAAAUGGAAUCAUGAAAAUCCGUUUGAAAUAGCUUCAAGUCAUGAUAAUUCUUUUUAUGUCUGGGAUACAAGAAAAGGUGCAUUACCUGUAGUUAAAGUUGAAAAAGCUCAUGAAGGUAAAAUUAAUGGGUUAGAUUUUAAUCAAGGUUUGAAAAAUGUAAUAACUUGUUCAAAUGAUAAGACUGUUAAAUUUUGGAAUUUAAAAGAUGAAACAGCUCAAAAACAUAUAUCAGAGUUUAGUUAUUUUGAUUUAGAUCUGAAUAAGGAAAAGUUGUGUCCUAGUGUUAUAAUAAAGACAGAUUUCCCUAUAGCAAGAGCAAGAACUUUACCAUUUGGAUCUGAUAAAGCGUGUGGAAUAAUGCCAUUGAUUGGUGGAAAAGAUUCCAUUUAUAUUGCAAAUUAUGAUGCUGCAUAUCUGGAAUAUUUAGCAUCAGGUUUAACUCAAACUAUUAAUUUAGAUUCUGCGUAUACAUUUAAAGGUCAUAGUGGUCCAAUGAAGGAUUUCUUAUGGAGAACUAAACGUAAACAAUAUGAAGGGUUUGAAUUAAAAAACAAAUGGGAAGAUUAUCAAUUGGUUACUUGGGCAGCACAAGAAUAUGAUUUAAAAUUAUGGCAACAUGAUGAGGAAAUGUACAAACUGGUAAAUUAUAAUCCAAGUUUCCUUAAUGUAUUUAAAGAUGAACUGGAUUCAGAAUCAAGACCAAGUACUCCUGCAGAAACAAACCAAGAGUAUAAUUAUGAUACAUAUUGUCAUGAACCUUCAGUUACAAUUGAUGAUUUAGCGAAAACCAAUGGAGGUGAUUUAUUAUCUGCUUUAACUUUAUUACAAAUAGCUGAAAAACAUAAACAAUUAGGACAUGAAUUUAAUCAAUUAAAUCAUUUAAAUUGGAUUUCAGGUGUUAAAAUGGGUCACGCUGGUCGUGAUGAUCGAAAAGUUAGUUCUACAUCUACUUUAGAAGAUGAUGGUCCAACAAAUCUUGGUGAAGAAGUUAGUAUAGUUGGUCACAAGUUCCCAAAAAUACGUUUUGAAAAAAUUUCGGUGUCAACCGGUGAAUUAGUAAUUAGUUUAAAUGGUCCUAUACCUAAUAAAGAUGAGGAGGAAACGGAAGAAGAAUCAAAAUUGGUAUUUGUUAGAGUAGAAAUUACAUUUCCCAAAAAUUAUCCAUAUUUAGAUGCAAUAGAUUAUGAAAGAAAUUUAUCAACUAAAAAAUUGGUUAAAAUACUGAAACAAAAUUUAAUUAAGUUUAAUAUUGAAGAAACUCAUGAGUUGGCAAAAUCAAUUAGAGAUAAAUUACAAGAUGGUUUGAAUGAAAUUGCCCAAUUCUAUUGUAAUAAAUAUAAUCGAUUUUGUUUAGAACCUUGUUUAAGAUAUUUAUUAGGUGAUAAAGUUGAAUUAAAUGAUGAAUCAAUGAUUGAUACAAGAGCUGAAACAAAUGAAGAAGAUGAUGAAUGUAUUCAAGAAGUUGGAAAUGAAGCUUGGGUAGACGAUUUAUUAAAUCAACAACCUGGUUUUAAUGAAAUCUUAUCGUCAGCAGCUGCAGAAAAUGGAUAUUCUUCUGGUGACGAAGAUGCAGAAUUUGGAGAUUUAUUACAAGAUGAUACAAAAUCAUUAAUCAAACCAGAAGUGGAUGAUAAAAUUGUUGAUUCAACUCCAAUACCAAAAGGCUGUGGAGCUGUUUGGUCACCAUCAGGUCAAUUAAUUUGUUUUUUCAUACCCAAAAAUAAAGAUGAUGAUAGAAAACACGAGUUUGAUACAUAUGCAUUUGGUGAAAAAGAUGGAUCAAUAGCAUCUGAUUCCGAGGUUGAAGACAGUGAUUUGGAUAAAACUGAUGAUGCUUUAAUGAAGAAAAUGACUAGUACUUCAUCAGAUUCAAGUUUAAAAAAUGAUUGGAAUCAAAUUAUAAAAGAUGAUGCUUCCAAGAAAAAGCUACCUGGUUUAUUUCAUUUAGGUUUGAAUAGUAGAUUUGAUCAUGAAAGUAGUCAUAAAUCUUCACUUAAUAGAUUUACAAGUAUCGAUGGAGCUUCUAACAAUCGCUCUACAAGCAGGAGUUAUAAGAAAUUUGAUAACAAUAAAAAGCAUAAAAAUAUCGUUGGUAUAUUUGAUUAUAGUCAUUUAUUACCUGAUAAAUUAGAUUUAGCAAAAGAGUAUAAAAUUUCAAAUGAAACUCCUGAAAAUUUAGCAAAUUAUAAUUCAAAAGUCGCUUUAAAACAUGGAUUAAAAGAUAUUAGUGAUAUUUGGAAAAUUUUAGAAAUUAUACUAAUGAGGAAUAAUAAUCAUUCAUUACAAUUUUUUGAUGAUUAUUAUUUGAAACAAUUACCUAAUGAGAUUAAUUUAAGUUCUCAGAAUUUCUUUUGGGGUUGUCAUCCUUUUUCAAAAUGGUUAAUUAGAGAAUUGUUUAAUUAUUUCGAACAGAGACAAAAUGUACAAAUGCUUGCAAUGAUGGCAUGUAUUUUAUUUGAAAAUCCAAAGAAGUUUGAAAAAGUCACACUGGUUAAAUCUCCAAGUCGUAAAAGCACAUUUCCAAAUUUAUUUGGUCAACAAUCAAUUUUAUCACAAUCAUUUAGUUCAAGUUUUCCACAUAGUCAACCAUUACAUUCAAAUUUUUCAUCACCACCAGAAUUGAAUCAUAGAAAUUCAUCCUUUGCUAGUGUUAGAAAUCCUCAUAUCAAUUAUGCUCCUUCAAUUUCAUCUUCAAUAGAUUCCAAUAGCAUUCAUAAUGAAUCACCAGAUAAGUUUAGUUAUUUUCGAAAAGCAAUGAUGGGUUCUCCAAGUCAAUACCCUACAAAUAACUCAUAUUCAUCAUUAAGUGAAUUAAUAAAUGAACCUAAAUCAUUAUACAAGAGAGUGUCAAAUAAAUUUAUAGAAUCUAGAAAACCAAAGAAAUUGGCUAAAACCAAAAUAAAAGAACCAACAGUCACUCAUGAAUUUAUGAAUUCACUGGAAUUAGAUUUAUUUGAAAAUGAAUUUAAUGAACCAUUAUUAAAUUCAAUUAAUCAAGAAAAGUUAAAAUUGUACAGAGAAUUAUAUUCUGAUAUGUUAUAUAAUUGGGGAUUAACAAUUAGUAGAUUAGAAGUUCUUGAAUUUAAUUUUAUGAAUAAUAAUGAACUUUCAAAUACUCAUGAUUGUAAAAUCGGAGUUCGGAAAAAGAUUAAACAACAACCAAAUCAAAAUUUUAUAAAUGCAAUUACAACAAUAUCAAUGAAAAUACCUAAUUCAUGGAAUACAAAGAAAGGAAAUGCAUUGAAACAUUGUAUAUUAUGCGAUUUAAUAGUUUCAAAAAGUUUUACUUUAUGUACUGUUUGUGAACAUGUAUUACAUAUAACUUGUGCUAAUGAAUGGUGGCAAGAAAACAUUGAAUGUGCUAGUGGUUGCGGUUGUAAAUGUUUAGAAUAUAGUAUUUAA